ACAGUGUGUGUGUGAUAUACUUUUUAAAAAGUGAAUAUGACGGGACAUUUUGUAUUCAGAAAGCUUCAUCUUCUUCCAGUUCUGACCAGAAAAAGACAUGAGUUUUCAUCAUUUUUAAGAAAGAAUAUGCUGCAUUACAGUGACAGGAAAGUUGGAAUUGUUGGGUGCCCCGUCCAUCAUGGGCAGGCUAAACCCGGAACUGAGCAUGGCCCUAACGCCCUAAGAGAAGGCGGUCUGAUAAAGAAGCUGAAAGGACUGGGGCUAGACGUGCACGACUACGGAGACGUGGGGACACCCAGCCAUGAGGAUGACCACCACUUCGAUCUGCCGGUCAAGAAUCCUAAACACGUGGCCACGGCCUCGGAAAAUAUUGCUGCUGAUGUGUACAAUGUCAUCAAAUCGGAGAGAGUUUGCUUGGCUCUUGGUGGAGAUCACAGUAUGGCUAUUGGUUCGAUUUACGGACAUUCAUUGGCACAGCCUGAUCACGUGGUAGUCUGGGUUGAUGCGCACGCAGAUAUAAACACACCGCUGACGUCAUCGUCCGGAAACAUGCAUGGAAUGCCGUUGUCAUUUCUUGUAAAGGAACUGCAGCCAUACAUCAGCAAGCUCCCGGGAUUCGAAUUUAUCAAACCUUGUUUGUCUGCUAAGAACAUCGCCUACAUUGGACUUCGUGAUGUUGACCCUGGGGAGAGAUACAUCAUAGAGAAGCUUGGGAUCCACUCCUUCUCAAUGUCGGAAGUGGAUAGACACGGGAUCAAGGAGGUGGUCGAGAAAGCCAUGAAUUACCUGGACCCUGAGGGAGUGAAGCCUAUUCACCUGAGCUUUGACAUUGACGCUUUGGACCCGUCCCUCGCUCCCAGCACCGGUACUCCCGUCCCCGGGGGCCUCUCCAUCAGGGAGGGAAACUACAUUUGUGAGGAACUUGCCGCCACAGGUCGACUGUCAUGCGUGGAUAUAGCGGAAGUGAAUCCAAGUCUUGGAAACGAUCGUGAAAACCAGAUCACUGUCAAUUCGGCGCUUCAGAUCAUCACACACUGUUUCGGUGGGCGACGCCAAGGUGUUUAUCCAAAAAAUUACCAAAUACCGAUUCCGAUGCACACGAAUUUUGUGGCCCCGCCCCCUUCGUAAAGUCUGUGCGGAGAAAAGAAGUUCAUGUUUGAAGGAACCAUAUUGCAUAAUAAUGAGCGAAUGAAAUGUGUGGAAGUUUAUUUUUGUAAAUUAAUUUUUAAUAUGCAUAUUUGAGAAAGAGAAAGAAAGCCAGAGAGAGAGAGAGAGAGAGAGAGCGAGA